AUGCAUGACCGUUUCGCGAGUCACUCGAGACCGCAUUCAAGCAGCGCUCGCUCGCUUUUUCGGUACGAACGAUUAAUACGUGAAUUCAAACUGGCCGAGGCCCGAGACGAGAGGUACGAUGCCCCAUUACGAGCUAAAAGCGUAUGUCUCGCUGAAAGACCACGCUCAAAAUAUACUAGGACUGUAUGUAGCGCUGAUCACAGCCGCUCCCGUUAUAGUCAACAGAAACUCUUCCAUCGUAGACCUCUGUCAAAAACAAACGUGACGCGAUACGUCAAACCCGACAUCGUCGUUGUUAAACAUCAAAAUAGGAAUGCUCCGGUAAAAGUCCCGUGCACUCUAUCCGUUCAAACUCUUUCCAUCCCUAUGAAAUACGCGGAUAAUACAAUAAGACAUUCAACCUUCAAACCUCAAAACUCUAAGUCAAUCGAUAUUAACAAGACUAAGUACUCUAAUCCUCCUAAACAGGUCAGCGACAACAAGAGGCUGUGCGAGACAGUCCGCUGUGGAAAAGAGACGGAGAACAAACUAUUGGUGCAGAUCAGCGAAGCCGAACAAGUGUCGGACUUUGAAAGGAUUCUUAAUUGUAAUGCAAUACAGUGCGAACGCGCGAACGGGCACGUGUGGCGGCGUUGUCUCGCUAGUCAACCUUCUGCGGCCGUUUUACCGCGUCCUCGGUCUUCUUAUUCGCUUUAUACAGUAAGCCAGACCUAUCAUUAUCUCUUUCAGCAACACGAGGAAUCUCUACAACCGCUUAUCGAGCGUUACAGACAAGACAACAUAGAACAAAAGUCCAAUAUUCCGCAAAGCUUACUCGGCAAUCAAUGGUACGAUAAUCUUCAAGAUUUGUCAGAAUUUUAUGAAGAUGAUCCAGCAUUGCGACGUGAAAUUGAGAAUAUAACCGAUCGUAUUAUAUCCGAAGAAGUUAAAGCGACAGAAGAGCCACGUCAUUCGGCCAAAAGUAAAAAUUUUAACGUAAACUUAACCGGAUUGAUCGAACUUCACGUUUCCGGUGAGGGCUGUUCUUCUAUUUCGGGCCUUGAAGACUUCGGGCUCUCGCCCGACGUAGAAAAGCAAGUCGCAGACGAAGGAAACGCCGAGAAGGAAUGGAUUUCACCGAUUAUGAAUGCAAACUACGAUGAUCAAAGUGGCCACGAUAAAGACCAAAAAGUGGAAUCUUUAGCACAAAACCUAAACUCCGUGCAAAUAGAUAGUGAUGCAAAAGUACCGACGAUAACAUUCAGCAAUUGUUGUGACGGUUUUAACAAGAGUGAUUCGCCGAACAAUUCGGACGUCGUCAUACAUUUGACCGUGCCCUCUAUUGAUAGUAUUGAUGAAGCCCGACCGCCUAUGAUGUGA